AGAAAUGACCAAAUUAUACCGCCCUAGCUUAAAAAAUAUUAACACAAUAGUUAUUAUGAAUACAUGAGUUAAGUCAUAAGAGGUACUGUGGAGUAAAUAUUUGUGUGGAUUCGUGUGAGGUUGUCAGACAUUUGAGUGCGUCGAUUAAGGCAAUUAAUCGGCGCCCGAUGUUGUGGUCCUUGUUGCUUCGCAUGGCGGAGUUGACUGUCGAGGAAGUGAAAUAGUUGGAUAUAAUCUGCGAUGACUGUGGUGAUUGGGUUCGAGGGCAGUGCCAACAAGAUUGGCAUUGGCAUCAUCCGGGAUGGCCAAGUGCUCUCCAACCCUCGGCGGACAUACAUCACCCCUCCUGGUCAAGGCUUCUUACCACGUGACACGGCCAGACAUCACCGCUCCGUUGUCCUGACUGUCUUGAAGGAGGCGUUGGAGCAAGCGGGACUGAAGCCCUCAGACAUAGACUGCGUGGCCUACACCAAAGGUCCUGGCAUGGGUGCCCCCCUGGUGACCGUGGCGCUGGUGGCCCGCACGGUGGCCCAAUUGUGGGGGAAACCCCUCCUGGGGGUCAACCACUGUAUUGGCCACAUCGAGAUGGGCCGCCUGAUCACCAGAGCCAAUAACCCCACCGUGCUUUACGUCAGCGGUGGGAACACACAGGUCAUCGCGUACUCGGAACGGCGUUACAGGAUAUUCGGGGAGACCAUAGACAUUGCAGUGGGCAACUGUUUGGACAGGUUUGCCAGAGUCAUCAAGAUUUCCAACGACCCCAGUCCCGGCUACAACAUAGAACAGCUGGCCAAGAAGGGCACGCAGUAUGUGGAGCUUCCAUACACCGUCAAAGGAAUGGACGUGUCCUUUUCUGGGAUUCUCUCUUUUAUCGAGGAAGCUGCUCACAAGAUGCUGGGCUCUGGUCAGUGUACAGCCGAGGACUUGUGUUUCUCCCUGCAGGAGACAGUGUUCGCCAUGCUGGUGGAGAUCACAGAGAGGGCCAUGGCGCACUGCGGCUCCCAGGAAGUACUGAUUGUCGGCGGCGUUGGCUGUAACCUGCGUCUACAACAGAUGAUGGGAGUCAUGUGCUCAGAAAGAGGCGCCAAACUUUUUGCCACGGACGAAAGUUUCUGCAUCGACAACGGAGCCAUGAUCGCCCAGGCUGGCUGGGAAAUGUUCCGAUCCGGUCAAGUGACGGCGCUGGAGGAUUCUUGGAUCACGCAAAGGUACAGAACAGAUGAGGUGGAGGUGACGUGGAGGGACUGAUAAAUGGACUCCAACUGUCCUCAGAUCCAUCCAUUUUCUACCGCUUGUCCCUUUUGGAGUCAGCUGCAUUCGGACGGAAGGCGGAGUACACCCUGGACAACUCGCCACCUCAUCGUCAAGACAAGAACACUCACAUUCACACACUAGGGCCAAUUUAGUGUUGCCAAUCAAGCAAUCCCCAGGGGCGUGUCUUUGGAGGUGGGAGGGGCCUAUCCCCAGGUGCAUGUCUUUGGAGGUGGGAAGAAGCCGGAGAACCCGGAGGGAACUUACAUAGUCACGGGGAGAACAUGCAAACUCCACACAGAAAGAUCCCGAGCGCAGGACCGAACUCAGGACUACUCUUGACCUUCGUGUUGUGAGGCACAUGCACUAACCCCUGGUCCACCGUGCUGCAUGUAAAAUCCUCUAUAAAAGUGUUUCAUAUUUUUGAAUGGUUGAACUGGAUAUGCAUUAUUUCUUAUCUAAAAAAAAUAUAUGAAUAAUGCUGUAUAACACACUGUAUUUAUAUUAUUCACAUGUAAAAAAAAAUACCCAAGUGGUUAUUGUCUAUUGUGAGUUAACUGUGGUGCUGAAUUUCCCAUAGGGAUCAAUAAAGUACUUUCUAUUCCAAACAGUA